AGUCGCUCUGGAGGCAUAUUGCUGUCCUGCAUCAGCAGCCCACUGCAGUGCAUCUGCCAGCAGAUGGAGGAGCUUUAAGAGGAGCUUUUAAGUAACCCAGUGACGGCCUUCCCUCCAAUGAAACUAGGACAUGGGAAACAGCAACGGGUCGACAGUGGAGGAACUACAAGCUUGUGAGAGUCAUCAGUGGUACAGAAAAUUCAUGACUGAGUGCCCAUCUGGACUUCUCACUUUCUACGAGUUCAAGAAAUUCUUUGGCCUGAAGAAUCUAUCGGAGACGUCAAACGCCUAUGUUGAGACUAUGUUUACAACGUUUGACAUGAAUAACGAUGGCUACAUUGAUUUCAUGGAGUAUGUAGCUGCUCUGAGUCUGGUGCUGAAGGGAGGAGUGCAGAAGAAACUUCGCUGGUACUUUAAACUGUAUGAUAUCGACGGGAGUGGCUGCAUAGACCGUGAGGAGCUGCUUCUGAUAAUUAAGUCCAUCCGUGCCAUCAAUGGAGUUCCUUAUGAGAUGUCAGCUGAGGAUUUUGCCAACAUGGUGUUUGACAAGAUUGACAUCAAUGGAGAUGGUGAACUGUCCUAUGACGAGUUCAUGGAGGGGGUUCAGAAUGACGAAUUGCUGCUGAAGACGCUAACAGAAAGUUUGGAUCUCUCGCACAUUGUUAACAAAAUUCAAGGGGAGCUGAUGUCCAAAACCUAAUUUUCCAACUUUAUGGACCCUGAAAUAUACACUUAUGUGUGACUGUGCCACGGCUGAUUGAAUGAAGAUGUGGAUUCAGGAUAACCCAUGAAUAACAGCAUCACCAGGACAAAAGGAUGGGGAGUGAUCUUUGGAUCAUUGUUAAAGUGCAGCUCCAGUUGUACUGUUUUUAUCCCCACACAUUCAUGGACCAGCAAAGACUUUCCUCGCGAAAAUUAUUCUACAUCAUAACUUCUAAUGCUUUCAAAAGGGCCAUUAAACACUCCUUGGUGAUCCAAGUUUUCAUAUUUAUGAGCUAUAUACGCAUGUAGGCCUACAUAAUGAAGACAAGUUUAUCUAUAUUGUCCAACUGUAUCAGGGUUCAAGUGCAUCGUCUGAUGAAUCCCAGCUGAAAGGCUGAUGAUUUCUGUCCAAUGUCCAAUUAAGUGCCAAUAUUGCCAAGAACCUGAUAGCCAUUGCAUGUGGUCUGUUGAACUUUACAUUUUUAGGUAUCAGUAGAAUUUGGAGACACUUAACUUAUAUAAAUGCAGUAUUUUAUACACUGUAGCAUCCCCCCUCUGAUGAGCCAUUA